AUGCCAGAUUAUGAAAGCAUGGAUUGGUCGAAUCCAAACUGGGCGACCGCCUCUAUCGCUGCCGGCGCCUGGCAGUCUGCUGCUCCUCUGGUUAUUGCAACCCAGAAUGGCCGAGCUGGAAGCGAUGGCUAUUGGCUUCGCAUGAGCUAUGGGCAGGUUUCGGCCAGCAGCGUUGGUCUCUUGAAAGAAGAGCCCACAUACUCUGUUGAGGCCGUGACUUACCAACAACGCCUUGCAGAUGGCCCCUUUUCUGUUAGCAUCGGCGCAUCCGGUGGCACAGAAAGUUUCACCUUUCCCUCUGUGGAUGUCUCCGCAUACAUCUACAAUGGUGUAGAGUUCAAGGACGGAACCCACCUGAAGAUGGAGAUCUUCUGCGAACAAUUGUCUUGCUUGGACACUAUACGUGUCGGUGGUGACGGUGAUGCUGGAACCUGGACCGUGUCAAGUGUUUCUAGUGAAACUACCGUGUCCGCGAACACUUGGCUGACGGUCAGCAAGCCCUUGACGACCAGUGCUACGGUCUUCGAUGGCACCAUUCCAUGGACCUCCCUGUCGACGUUGGAAAUUAUCUCGGAUCAGGGACUUGUGGUGACCAUCCAAAACAUUGACAUCACCAACACGCGGCCUCAGUGCACGGGGUUGAGAAGUCACGGCAGCGAAAAGGCGAGUUUGGUUGCAUUCGACAGAGCCUUCCAUGUAGAAGUGCUUUCUGGGACCACAACCACGACCAGUUCCACUAGCACUUCUAGUAGUAGUAUUAGUAGUUCUUCGAGUAGUAGCACUUCCAGCAGCAGCACUUCGAGCAGCACCACUUCGAGCAGCACCACAUCUAGCAGCACCACGUCUAGCAGUAGCACCUCGAGCAGCACCACUUCGAGCAGCACCACAUCUAGCAGCACCACGUCUAGCAGUAGCACUUCGAGCAGCACCACUUCGAGCAGCACCACAUCUAGCAGCAGUAGCACUUCGGGCAGCAGCACUUCCACCAGUACUGUCUCCAUCAGCAGCAGCACUUCCACUGGCACGUCCAGUAGCAGUACUAGCAGGUCCAGUAGUACAACUGCCACCGUCAGCAGCACAAGCACUCAUACUGCCAGCAGCACAAGCAGCAGUACUACCAGUCGGACCACUACCAGUACUACCAGUACCACCAGUGGAAGUGGAACCGGCAGUUCUACUACCACUCUGAGUGCCAGCACCAGUACCACCGUGACUGUCACCGGUUCCAGCAGAACUUCCACCAGUAGCAGCCUCACUUUUACCGCUACGAGCACUUCCUCUUGGGCAACCACCACCAGCUCACCCACUGCAGUUUCCAGAACAAGCACUUCCAUCACUGAAACCACUUCGGUGGCUCAAAACCUGCAAGCUGCAGUUCUACUGGAGCUGGAACAGGCCACAGGCGCCCUGCUCAGUGAGCUCUUCUCCAAACAAAACAGCACGGCCUCAGUGGCAUCCUCCCCGGUGGGGACCAUGGCGGCUCUGAAGCUGCCAGACCUCUCCGGCGUCAACGACAGCUUCAUCCCGGCAAUCCUGGAAGAUAGCCCAGCCGCGGCCAUUCUUCCAGCGGAGGCGUUGGAGCUGGCUCCGGGUGCUGUUUUGGUGAUGACGACCUUCAACGAAGGC